AUGAAGUACUCUCAGUCAACAGCACUCUUGGCUGCGCUGGCCCCUUUGGCGGCCAACGCGUUCCCGGCCGCGAUCUUCGAGGCCGUUCAAGCCGACCCUGAGCUGGCCGCGCGCAACGCCGAGAUCUAUGCUCGACAGGUCAAGGCUGAUGGCGCCACUGCCAUCUUCGAGCCAGUCCCGAAGUUCAACGCACAGAAGCAGUACAUCGACAUUUCAGAGGGCAGCGGACACGAGUACAAGGCUCCCAACUUUGCGGGAGGCGACCUCCGUGGCCCGUGUCCAGGACUUAACGCAUUCGCAAAUCAUAACUUUUUACCGCACAACGGAUAUGCCACCGUCUCACAGUUCAUCGACGCCACUACUACCGUCGUUGGAAUGGGACCCUUGCUUGCCACGUUCCUUGCUGUCUACGGCGCUGUGAUCGAUGGAGAUGGUACCUCAUGGUCCAUCGGCGGUACACCUGGCCCAGGUGUUGGAGGUCUUCUCUCCGGCCAAGGCAACGGACUCAGCGGAAGUCACAACAAGUACGACGGUGACUCGUCGCCUACUCGCCCCGAUCUGUACCAGGAGGGCAACAACUACAAGAUCCAGAUCGAUCAGUUCCAGCAACUCAUCGACAACUCCCCAGGCGGCGAGGUCACUCUGGCUUCCUUGACCGAGCACCGCUCUCAACGGUUCGAUCACCAGAAGGCGACCAACGCAUACUGGUUCAACGGACCAUUCACUGGUGUCCUUGUGCAGCCCGCCGCGUACACCUUCAUCUACCGCUUCAUGGCCAACCACACCCAGGAGCGUCCGGAGGGCAUCCUGACGUACGAUACUCUCAAGUCCUGGUUCGGUGUCACCGGCGAGUCCGGUAGCUUCGUCGCAACUCCCGGCGGUGAGCGUAUCCCCGACAACUGGUACCGACGUGCUCUCGAGUACCCAUACGAGACCACCUACUUCUUCGGAGAUGCUUCCAACGCCAUUGCUCUGCACCCCAAGUUCGCGGAUAUCGGAGGCAACACCGGCACACCCAACAGCUUCGUCGGCGUUGACGUCGAGAACCUCACCAACGGCGCCAUGAACGGACAGACCUUGCUCCAGGGCAACAACUUCGCCUGCUUGGCUUACCAGUUCGCCGCUCAAGCCAAGCCGGACAUGGCUCUCCUUGGCCUUACCCAGCUGACCAACGCACUUGGUCCGGUCCUUGCGCCUCUCUCUUGCCCUCAGCUCAAGUCGAUCGACAAGGCUGAGCUCAUGCAGUUCCCUGGUUAUAAGCGAUCGAACGCUUAG